UUGUUUAUCAGUCAGUGCGACGCUCGUUGCUUUCAGUACGCGUUCGACUGCGGUUAACGUCACAACAGGCCAAACGCAGCGGCAGUUGAAACAACACAACAGUGAAAUCACCUAAAAAACGCGUGUGCGAAUUCAAAUUAAAUAUACUAAAAAUACAUUUGACGAUUACAACAAGAUCAGUGCCUAAUCUGUAAUCGAUAAUUGCAAAAUAGAGCAACGCACUAAUAUAAGCUUAGCUCAAGUGCGUGAGAGAGCAGUAAAAAGAGCGCACAAAAAAGGAGCGCAAAAAGAAAUUGAACAAGUUGAAAGUUAAAUUUGCAAGUCAAGCUUGCAAAAUGUGCUCGUAAACUGUAAAUUCUAUAAAAAGUGCUAAAAAGACAAAAACCGCAAAACGCAAAGUGCAGCUUAACUAACGCAAUAAACACAUUAUAAUUAAAACACUUUUAUAAGUGCGCGCACCAUAACCUCAAAUCAUGGUAUCCCACUACUACAACACACUGCCCUAUGCGCAAAAGCACAGUGCUGCAAACUUGGCUUACGCCUCGGCCGCUGCCGCCGGCCAAACAUGGAACUGGAAUAAUUAUCAUGCGGGACCAAAUCAUCAGUUUCUUGGCGAUGUCGAAUCACCACAUGCCGCACAUCAUGCUGCAGCUGCUGCCGCCGCCCAUCCGAUGUACUACAAUCCCCAUCAUAUGUUCAGCCACUCAAGCGCCGGCGAUUGGCAUUCACCGGCUGCCUCUAGUGCAGCAGCAGCCGCGGUGGCUAGCGAUAAUUUUGUGCAGAAUGUGCCAACAUCGGCGCACCAGCAGCUGAUGCAUCAGCAUCACGCACAUCAUAUCAACAGCGGUUUGGCCAGCGGUGGCUCCAGUAGUUCAGCCAGCUCUGGCAGCAGCAGCUCAGCGCCUGUUGUUGGCGGUCCUUCAGCGGGCGGAGGAACAACGCAGUUGAAUGAUACCAAUGGCAGCAUUGGACCCGAUUCCGUAUCCCAAGUGCAGCAGCAGCAGCAACAACAACACAUUGCCGAAGGGUUGCCAUCGCCGCCGAUUACGGUGUCGGGCAGUGAGAUAUCCAGCCCUGGAGCGCCUACGUCCGCUUCGUCGCCACAUCAUUUGCCGCACCAUCUAGCGGCCAGUGCAAACAACAACAAUAGUCCAUCGACGCACAACAACAACAACAAUAACAGUGUGACCAACAACAACAACAACCAUCGCACAUCGCCAGCAAAAGCUCAAUAUUAUGAUUGGAUGAAAAAGCCCUCGUAUCCAGCGCAGCCACAGCCUGGCAAAACCCGGACCAAGGACAAAUAUCGCGUGGUUUACACCGACUUCCAGCGCCUGGAGCUGGAGAAGGAGUACUGCACAUCGCGCUACAUAACCAUUCGGCGCAAGAGCGAGCUGGCGCAAUCGUUGUCGCUGUCGGAGCGUCAGGUGAAGAUCUGGUUCCAGAAUCGACGCGCCAAGGAGCGCAAACAGAACAAGAAGGGCAGCGAUCCCAAUGUGAUGGGCGGUGUCCAGCACACCGACUACAGUCAGCUGCUGGAUGCAAAGACGAAACUGGAGCCGGGUCUGCAUCUGCAGCAUCCGCUGCACUCGAUGAAUCCGAUGGCCAUGAAUCUGCCCGCCAUGCGUCUGCAUCCCCAUCUGGCGGCGCACAGUCAUUCGCUGGCUGCGGCAGCGGCGCAUUCACAUCUGCAGCAGCAGCACAGCGCCCAGAUGUCCGCUGCUGCUGUGGGCGUGGGCACGCUCUCGAUGUGACAUGACUAUGGUGGAGAUCGAGAGGCGACCAGCUAUGGCAGCAACACCAACAACAAUGGCAGCUACAUGUUGGAGCAACAGCAGCAACAACUGGAGAGUGGCACCAACACCUUUGCAACAUGUCCUAGUGAUCUGGCGGUAGACUUGGCUUGAGCACUUUUAGCAACUUGUAGCGGGGGGUGAACAGAAAGGGAAUUCUUCUUGGGCACUUGGGCAACAGUCAGACUGUUGAUUAAAGUGGCCUGGGCAGCGGUGCAUUUGAAUAUUGCACGUUGUUAAUUUUUGUGAUUGUAUAUUCGUCGUGUUUAUCGCUGCCCCCGCCCCUACCCCGCCCUCAACACUAAGUAUCCCAGCCAUCCCCCUUCAUGCAACCAGUAUGAAAAUUAGAAAUGUAUGAAUAUAACCCAUGUAAAAUCGUAUGUUUAUUUUGUAUUUAAUAUGUAAUUUUUCCCACUUGUAUGUAUUAUGUUUGUUUUUGUUCUAGAUAAUGCCUAAACUAUAAGAUAUGAUAUGAUACACAUCAUUUUAAAAUAGCAAUUAAGUGAAGAAAGCAAACAAAUCAAAACUAAAUUCAAUUAUAAUACAUUAUACAUAAAUAAUUUGUAUAGCCGUCCCCAAUUUACACACACACUUAUACACAUACAGAGCUGCACAACCACAACAACAAAUUAUGUAUGUAUACAAAUAAUUUCAUUGAAAUUGAGCUAAGACAAUUUAAAUCCUUGGUGCAAUUUGACCCAACAACAACAACACAAACAAAUGUAAAUAUGUAUCACAAACAAAUUGAACGUUUAUUACUUUAAAGCUGUAAUAACAAUUAGUUAGUUACUAGUGUAAUUUGAAUUUAAUUUUAAUAAAAACAACAAACAACAAAUACAUAUUUUGUGCACAAACCCAAUUAUUAUAAAUAUACAAGUAAAUUAAUACAAAAACAACAACGUUGCCUACAUAUCAAACAAAACAAAACAACACA